UUUAGUUAUUAGCUACUGCAUCUAUUUGAGUGUUCUCCUCAGUGACUUUUCAACGCCUUCUUCUCCUGUUCUACUUUUGCUCUCCCCUGCCUCCCUCUGUCGAAGGUUGGGCUGAACAGCAGGUGAUGAAGGGAGGGAAGCGUCAACUGGAUAUGGGGAUUACAAUCUGUGGUACUCUGCUGACUUCUACACUAACACUCUACUCUGGCUGGACAACGAACACAAAAAAGACAACUCAGGUGUCACAUUAAUAGCGUCACAGGCUGAGGUUUGCUGAAUAAAGAUGCUCAUGGACUGGAGGAGACAAGCCAGCACUGGAAUCAGAACGUGUGAAAAACAAACUGCUCAAAAAAAGAAAAAGAAGCACACGCCGUGAAGCACUGACCAUAUGGUUUGACUCUACACUAUGGAUUAUAUAUGCACUCGCAGCCUCGCCAGAUAAGGCUACAUCAAAACAUGGAGGGGCCUGUCUUUGUUGUCUGCGUCCUCAGGCAUAUUCUGACAGGUAAACCUUGAUAUCAACAUGGGUGCAAAUAUCCCAUAGACUUUAUUUAAAGAACUGACUGCUGUCAGCAAGCAAACGCAGCAUAGAUGAGACACCUUUUUGAGACAGAGCACUGGAUACUGUCACAAUGCCAUUACGGAGCAGAUAUAGGACAUAUGACCUAUAAUUCAGGACAUCCAAAACUGAGACACAAUCAGUAUGGAAGUGCAGAGCACCUCUUUGGUUCAGUUAAAUGUAAAUGGUAUGGAACAACUGAACACCUCGUAUGACUACAACAUAAGCGAUGUAAGUGAGAACCCAGAGACCUAUCAAUACUACGUCAUUGGCCUCUUCCUCUCCUGCCUCUACACCAUACUCCUGUUUCCGAUUGGAUUCAUCGGGAAUAUACUUAUUCUGGUGGUGAAUCUCAACCACAGGGAGAAGAUGACCAUCCCUGACCUUUAUUUUGUCAACCUGGCUGUGGCGGACCUCAUUUUGGUAGCCGAUUCUCUCAUCGAGGUGUUCAAUCUGAACGAAAAAUACUAUGACUAUGCUGUCCUCUGCACCUUCAUGUCCCUGUUCCUGCAGGUCAACAUGUACAGCAGCAUCUUCUUUCUGACGUGGAUGAGCUUCGACCGCUACGUAGCCCUGGCCAGUUCAAUGAGCAGCAGCCCUCUGAGGACCAUGCAGCAUGCCAAGCUCAGCUGCACCUUCAUCUGGAUGGCCUCCAUCCUAGCCACCCUACUACCCUUCACCAUCGUGCAGACCCAACACAGGGGAGAGGUGCACUUCUGCUUUGCUAACGUCUUUGAGAUCCAGUGGCUGGAGGUGACAAUCGGCUUCCUGGUGCCCUUCUCCAUCAUUGGCCUGUGCUACUCUCUGAUCGUACGUAAACUCAUGAGGGCCCAGAAACACCGGGGCCUGUGGCCACGGAGGCAGAAGGCCCUGCGGAUGAUUGUUGUCGUGGUUCUGGUGUUCUUCAUCUGCUGGCUGCCGGAAAACGUCUUUAUUAGCAUCCAGUUGCUCCAGGGGACGGCGGACCCUGCCCAGCGCAGUGCCACCACCCUGUGGCAUGAUUAUCCUCUCACAGGCCACAUUGUCAACCUGGCAGCUUUUUCCAACAGCUGCCUGAACCCCAUCAUCUACAGCUUCCUGGGUGAAACCUUUAGGGACAAGCUGCGGCUAUUUGUCAAGCAAAAGGCCAGCUGGUCCGUGAUCUACCGCUUCUGUCACCACACUCUGGAUUUACACAUCCCUGUUAGAAGUGAGGUGUCAGAGGUGUGACACCUGGGUCCUGAUCAUUGGACAGGAUUCAGCCCUCAUUUCAGUAUAGUCACAAUAUAUGUUAUGCCUUUAGGGAAACACUGGGCAAACAUUCCAGGAAAUUUGACGAUGAUGACUCUCAAUCUUUUCUUUUAUGUAUCACCAUAUCUUGGCAAAAACUAACUCAUUCAUGUCAUGUAUCACACAGCUCCUUUUUGUAACAUUAUUCUCAAAGGAACAAAUUAAAGAGUCACAUCAAAGGACCAGCAGCUCCGUAAACUGAAUGUGGUUAUUAUACUGCUGCUGUUACGCUCUGCACUGUUCAGGUAAACCAGGGACUGCUUAACAAACCUGUCUGUUGCCUUGUUUUCAUGUGUGACAAUGACACUGUAUUUUACUAGAUACAUAGUAAAUCUUUAGUCUUUGUCCUAACUCCACUUUUAUAUAAUGAAAUAAAGUGAAAUACUUUUUUUCUAAUCAAAUAAUCUUAA